AAAACGGCCUUACAGUAAGCUGAGAACUAGAGUAUAAGAUGGACCGGUAGGUUCCUCUUCCCUCCAAUGUCUGCGAUUUCGAAAACAAUAAGCACGCGCCUAAUAUCCUUCCCAGAGGAAUCCAGGGCGAUAUCCGGGGAGACUUUAGCGGAAACUCCGGGGAUCACAAUGUUUUCGGCAGUAAUAAUAACACGGGGAACAUUGCCGGUAAUCACGGAACAAUUUACCAAAGAUGUGUGUUUGGAGCUGGGGGAAGAGGUAUUGUCAGAUUUCCAGGGAGAUUUCGGGCAAUGUUCUAAUGCGCUAUUAGUAGUAGAACAAGCAUCCAGGCCUUAUCGCGUAAUUCCCUAUUGCAAAAAUACCAAUUUCACUGGCCGUGAGGAUCUCAUUGAAUCGCUGAGGAGAUAUUCUGAGCGUAAAGGGCACAACCGGAUCGCGCUUCAUGGAUUGGGCGGUUCUGGGUAUGUAUACAUGAUCGCCAUUUUAGGAGUCUACUAACCUCGUUUAGAAAGACCCAGAUUGCCCUCGAAUACCUCUAUCGGCGCGCAAGCGAGAGCGAAUGUGAUAUUUUCUGGGUGCGCGGGAGUGGGCUGCCAAAGUUUAGCGAGGACCUUAGAGCGAUAGCACAACAUGUUCAGAUUCCACCACCCAGCGCCGAGCCAGACGAAGAGAGUCUCCUGUUAAAUAUCAAGAGGUGGUUUGAAGGACAAGCCAGGGGCGAUUGGGUGUUGGUUAUUGACAAUGCCGACAAUGAGGAGGACUUUAAGGGCAACCGCGGUCGCAUUUCCAGAUUUGUACCACAAGGGUCUCGGGGUACCUUGAUACUCACCACUAGAUCAACCCAGGUUGCAUCACGAGAGCGUUGUGAAAUGAUUGAGGUCCGAAAAAUGGCGGAGAAUGAUGCCCAAGAAUUGUUUUUGAAACUCUUGGGUAACGUGAACUGCUCGAGAGAUGGAGAAAAAGAGGCGAUCACAAUGAUCCUGCAAUCUAUACAUCACAUCCCACUGGCUAUCAUAGGCGCAGCAGCCUUCAUGACAGAAACCCAGACUCCUCCUUCUACUUACUGGUCUAUUUUUCUCGGAAGCGACGAGCACGCCAAGAGGCUUCUUUCACGGCCGUUUUUCGAUAUCCAACGAGAGACCGACAUUACUGAGAGCACCCUCACUACGUAUUUCAUCACCUUUGACCGGAUUGCAAGGGGGAUGCCGCUAGCGGCGGAUCUUUUGCGUUUAAUCGCCUUCUUCGAUCGUCAGAACAUACCCGAAGAGCUAUUGCGCCAAAGCGGCUUGGAAGGGAUAGACGAUCAAAUCCAGUUUCGUGAGGCAAUUGGAAAACUAUUAGGAUUUUCGCUAGUUACGGCCAUCGCACAUGAGGACACGACAUUUUACGAGCUACAUCGAUUGGUGCAACUGUCUUUGCAAGUGUAUUUACCAACAGGAGAGUUGAGUCGAUGGAGGGGCAACGCACUGAAAGUGGUUUCAAGGGUUUUCCCUCGGCAUUGGACCACGUGGAAGGAUGUUAGUUCUGCAUACAUUCCUCAUGUACUUGUAGUAACCAACAAUUCAACGGAUCCCAUUGCCGAAGAGCUUUGUUUUCGCUUGGGACAGUACUUUCAAGAUGUGGGUUCAUACAAU